ACUGACUCAUUGAGCUAAUUUCAUUCCUCUCUUCAUUCCAGAGAUUCCUCUGAAAAGCUGUCACCUUUCCAAAAUACCAAGCCGGCUUUCCUACCACCACCACCACCACCACCAUCAUCAUCAACAACAACAACAACAGCAGCAGCAGCAGCAGCAGCGGCUCGGCUAGCCAGAGAGCCCUCCUCAGCCUCACCUGACCUUCAUCACACAGUAGAGGAGGGGGCAGAGACAAUCCCUCUAAGUGCUGCCCAAAAGAGAGAAAAAAGAAUCCAAGUCUUUCCCCCAUCCAAAGUACCGAGCAGGGGCUGCCUUCCCUCUGCCCCCACUCUGUGCUGGCUCCCAGAUCCCCCCACUACAAGCCAGUGGCCACCAAGUCCUUCUAGUAAAGCCCCUGCACGCUUCUCCUGCUGGCAAGAAGUUGCUGAGCUCCCCUUUGUGGAGUGAGGCUUGGAGGAGCCUCUCCUUUCCCUCCCACGUUAAUCAUGGAUCCCAACGGUUGGAGUGAAGCCGGCAGUCCGGCAGAGAGCACAGGAGACCUGGGAGACUCCAUGGAGAAGAGCCUAGACAAUGAUGCAGAAGGAGUGUGGAGUCCAGACAUUGAACAAAGUUUCCAGGAGGCAUUGGCGAUAUACCCACCAUGUGGGAGGCGCAAAAUUAUCUUAUCCGAUGAAGGCAAGAUGUACGGCCGGAAUGAGCUAAUAGCCAGAUACAUAAAACUACGGACAGGAAAGACGCGCACGAGGAAACAGGUAUCUAGUCACAUACAAGUUCUAGCACGAAGGAAAUCUCGAGAAAUACAGUCCAAGCUUAAGGCUAUGAACAUGGAUCAGGUAGCGAAAGAUAAAGCUCUACAGAGUAUGGCAGCAAUGUCUUCAGCACAAUUAAUCUCUGCAACAGCCAUUCAGAAUAAGCUGGGAGUACCGAGUAUAUCACAUACCCCAUUCCCUCCCACUGCUGGGUCUCCAGAAUUUUUCCAGUUCUGGCCUGGAGGAGCUGGCCAGCCCCGGCCGACACAGGAUGUUAAGCCGUUUUCCCAGCCUCCAUACCCCCUGCAGCCUGCUGCCCCCCCUCCUGCUGUACCAGGUUAUAAUGCUAGUCCUCCCAGUAUGUCCCCGGUACCUACAGGGCCUGCAUGGCAAGGCCGCUCUAUUGGCACACCUAAGCUACAUUUAGUGGAGUUCAUGGCCUUUAUGGAACAACAAGGAGAACCUGAUUCAUACAACAAGCAUCUGUAUGUACAUAUCAGCCAGUCUAAUCCCUCCUAUAGUGAUGCAUUACUGGAGUCUGUGGAUGUGCGUCAGAUUUAUGACAAGUUUCCUGAGAAGAAGGGAGGACUUAAAGAACUCUAUGAGAAAGGGCCACCAAAUGCCUUCUUUUUGGUCAAGUUCUGGGCUGACCUCAAUACCAGCAUUCAGGAUGAGCCAGGUAUAUUCUAUGGUGUGAGCAGCCAGUAUGAGAGCCCUGAGAAUAUGACCAUCACCUGUUCCUCCAAAGUCUGCUCCUUUGGAAAGCAAGUAGUGGAGAAAGUAGAGACAGAAUAUGCUCGGUUUGAAAAUGGACGUUUUCUUUAUCGUAUCCAUCGCUCACCCAUGUGUGAAUAUCUUAUCAACUUCAUCCACAAAUUAAAGCAGCUUCCAGAAAAAUAUAUGAUGAACAGUGUGUUAGAAAACUUUACUAUACUACAGGUGGUUACAAAUCGGGACACUCAAGAAUUGCUUCUCUGCAUAGCUUAUGUAUUUGAAGUGUCUACCAGUGAACAUGGAGCUCAGCAUCACAUCUACAGGCUGGUGAAAGACUGAGCUGUAGAAAACCCUUCCCUAUGACUCAGCCAUGUUGGACUUGUGGACUUGACUGUCUUUGGCAGUCUCAGAGGCAUUUAACAUUCUCUUU